AUGAGCGACGCCACGGGCGGGAUGACCAAGCGCACUCGCGGGUUUCUAUUGUUCGGUUUACUGAUGGCUGGUUUCGGGGCGAACAUCACUCUGCUCAAGGAGGCGCAAGGGCACAUGUCAUCUGACGUGUUCUCGUGCCUCAGGUUUGCCGUUGGAGCCGGUGUCUUCACACCGUUCCUCAAGACUGUGAUAAAGGACGAAAAAAUAUUUCGCGGAGGUAUUGAGCUCGGGUUAUGGUUGGGAAUCGGGUACUUUUUUCAAAACUUAGGCGUCGAGAACACGGACGCAGCCAAGGCAAGUUUCAUCAGCUCCUUCACAGUGAUCGCCGUUCCCAUCAUUGGCGCCCUAGCGGGGAGACAAAUUCGAUCUCAGGUGUGGGCCGCCAUCGCCAUCGCAGUCGUCGGCUUGGCCUUCAUGGAGGACCUCGUACCCUUUCCGGGACUCGUGGAUGCGGCGACUUCGGUGGUGGACAUCAGUGCGAUUUCUCCGCCAGAUACGCUCAUCGGUGAUCUUUUCACCCUCGGAUCUGCGUUCAUCUUCGGCGUCCACAUCUUCCGAACGGAUUGCAUCUUCAACGGCGUCACGCUCACGCACAAGCAGUCCAUGGGCUUGGUGUGCAUGGAAAUGUUGACCGUGUCCGCCGUCUUCGCCAGUGUUUUGGGAUACGACUUGAUCGCCGCGCACGGUGACAUCGAAGCUGUCGCUCACGUGAGUUCGCUCAGCGAGAUACCGUGGAACGAGGUGCUCCUCGUCGGCGUCGUCACCACCGCCGCGUGCAUCUAUUUGGAGACGGUCGCGCUCACGCUGCUCGCGUCGCAAGAGGCCACGCUCAUGUACUCCACCGAACCGGUAUGGGGUGCCAUUUUCGCCUACCUCAUCCUCGGCGAAACGCUCGAUAAGAGCGGAUUCGCGGGCGCGGCGAUGAUCCUCUUGAGCACUCUCGUCGGUUCAUCCGGAUCCGCCGACGAGGAUACGUCGACGUGCGAGAGCGCUUCGCCUCGAUGA